UGUACUUGUACUACAGUAAUAGUAACGUUAUGAGUACUAAAUCACGCCAACCUGUGGCUGUCCUCCCCUUCCCACGUGGACGGCCUGGCAAUGUCGAGAAAGCUUUUGAUCAACUUUGUGACUUUGCAGCCAUGGGCUUCACUCAGCCGCCGCGGCCGCCCAGGACAUUUCAACAGGGCGUCGUGCAUUCGCUGUAGGAAAAAGUGCAAUUUCGCUAUUCGGUGCUGCACCAGCUUUUCCGUGUUAAUGACGCGAAACGAGUCGAGUUCGAUUUCGUCAAACACACUUCUCAAGACGGAGUCGAGGUGGCAUGUCCUUUGGUGGCAGCACGGGCCCGUGGUCAAGAGGCGAAGGGCGAUUUUCUUGAGCUGGGCAAAGGCGGAGUACCGCCGGUGCACGCGGGUCUCGUGGGGGCCUGCGCACACUUGAAUAGCGUACACGAUGUGUGACCCGUCCCGAAAGGCCCCCAACACACACGUCUGGAUGUCAAAGAGGGAGGUCAUGGGGGACAAUUGAACAAUAGUUAAUGCAGGAUUGUCG